CCCAACCCACCCUGGGUCCCUGGCCAUAUAAAACCCUCGCCGGUGCGGUGACGUCUCGUCAUCUCGGCCCACAACCUCAGCUAGUCAGCUCCGCCGCUUUUGCUUUCUCUCUCCAGGCUCUCGGCUUCGUCCACAAGCUACAGCCGCGCGCUCCUCCUUGACCCGGCCUGACCCCGCUAGUUCGCCGCCUGCCGUCUGCCGCCCCAGCAUGGCCGCCGCGUCGUCCGCCACCUCCGUCCACGACUUCACCGUCAAGGAUUCGAGCGGCAAGGACGUUGACCUCAGCGUCUACAGGGGGAAGGUUCUUCUCAUCGUUAACGUCGCAUCCCAAUGUGGCUUAACCAACUCCAACUACACUCAGCAGGCCCAGCUCUAUGAGAAGUACAAGAACCAAGGCUUUGAAAUCCUCGCUUUCCCGUGCAACCAGUUUGGUGGGCAGGAGCCUGGUACCAACGAGGAGAUUGCCCAGUUUGCCUGCACACGCUUCAAGGCUGACUACCCCAUCUUUGACAAGGUUGAUGUCAAUGGUAACAAUGCUGCGCCCAUCUACAAGUUUCUGAAAUCUAGCAAGGGUGGCCUUUUCGGCGACAGCAUCAAGUGGAACUUUUCCAAGUUCUUGGUUGACAAGGAGGGGCGUGUUGUGGAUCGCUAUGCUCCAACCACUUCACCUCUGAGCAUUGAGGGACCUCGCGAUUAGAUGCGCCGCUAGACCAACCUCCUUGUCACCGUCCUAGUGCACAGCUCGCCGCCGCUUACUGAUGAUUCUUGAGCGCCUCCCUAUCUUCCGCCUUCUCCUCUAACUCUGGUGAGCGAGAGAGUGGAUACGACAGCGUCUUGCUACCACCCAUGGGGCCCCCUCGUUGGUGUGUGCUCCCAUUCAAGAUGAGCAUGCCACAGCCGAGCGGCCUCUCAGUGGUGCCCUAGUGGCCUGUUCGUGACAUUGCUCCUCUUUGUUUCAGCUUUUUAUAGCUUCUGGCCAUCAAAAUUUGUUGCGGACUGUCAAAUACUUAGCUUUUCAGCCAGCUUUUAUGAAAUUUAUUUGGGUAAAAACCAUUCAAAAUCAACAUAAACACAUAAUCGGUUGAGUUGUUACAAUAGUAGAAAUCCAUCAUUUUC